CUAAAGAAAAGGAAAGCGUAGGGGGAGAGGAUAAAAGAGGGGCACAGAUGUGGCAACAAACUCGGAAGAACCCAACAAAAGAGAGAAAGGCAAAGAGAAGUCUAAGCUUGGCUUUUCUUUCUUGUUCUUUUUGGGUACCAAACACAACUAUACAAAGAGAGAGAGGAUCACGACCCCUCCACCCCACCCCACUCUACCACAAGGCCACCACAGCUUCACAUCUCAAGCAAAGUCUGUCUCUUACUUUCUCUCUUCUUCUUCUUCUCCUCCGGAUCCUCCUCUUCCUUUCUUCAUCCCUCCUGUAUUUUUUUUCUUCUUUUCCCUCCUCCUCCUCCUUAGAGUUAAACCAAGUUUCAAUCUCUUUUCAAGGGGAUACAGAAGAACAAUAUCAGUCUCCAGUUUGAUCAUCUUCUUGACUUCAAGAGCUUGGUCUGAUCUAGCUAGUACAGAUAGAGAGAUAAGAGAUGUGUGCCAAGAAAGAGGAGGAUCGAGGUGAGUGUUCUCAGAUUUACAACAUCCAAAGCUACCAAGAACAGCUAUUUCUUCGACAGCAACAACAGCAAUUCAGUAGCAGUGAUGGGUAUGGAGGAGGAGGAGGAGGAGGAGGAGGAGGAGGGUUAAUCUUCCCUGAUGUAGUCCCUCCAAUCAUCCCAUGGUCUCUACCUCCGGUUCACACGUUCAACCCGGUUUCUUUCUCCACUAACUCGGGCCGAGACCACGAUUCCUUCUUCGUUCCACCACCUACUCCACCAUCAUCAUCCUUGGGUGGUUUAUUCAACAGAAGAGCUUCUUCUGCUCUUCAUCAUCAGUUUGCUUAUGAAGGUCCAUCAUCUCAUGAUCAUCAUCAUCAUCUAAGGAUCUUAUCAGAAGCACAUGGUGGUCCUGUUGGUCUUCAUCACACUUCCUCUCAUCAAUUCGGGUUUCAAUCUGAGUUGGGUAAGAUGACACCACAGGAGAUCAUGGAUGCUAAAGCACUUGCAGCUUCUAAGAGCCAUAGUGAAGCUGAGAGAAGAAGAAGAGAGAGAAUCAACAAUCAUCUCGCUAAAUUACGCAGCUUGCUCCCCAACACCACUAAAACGGACAAGGCUUCAUUGCUAGCAGAAGUGAUCCAACAUGUGAAAGAACUGAAAAGGCAAACAUCCCAGAUAGCUGAAGCAAGUCCAGUCCCAACUGAGAUGGAUGAACUCACAGUGGAUGCAUCAGAUGAGGAGGAUGGAAAGUUGAUGAUCAAAGCUUCAUUGUGCUGUGAAGAUAGGUCUGAUCUCUUGCCAGACCUAAUCAAAACCUUGAAAGCUCUCCGGUUAAGAACUCUGAAAGCGGAGAUUACUACACUUGGUGGACGGGUAAAGAAUGUAUUGUUCAUUACAGGGGAAGAUGAUGAAACCAAUAAGAACAAUAAUGAGCAACAGCAGCAGCAGCAACAACAACAGUACUCCAUUAGCUCAAUUCAAGAAGCAUUGAAAGCAGUCAUGGAGAGAACAACAACGGGUGAUGAUUCUUCAUCAGGGAGUAUUAAGAGACAAAGAACCAAUGUCAAUAUUCUUGAACACAGGUCUCUCUAAUAACUUACUUACAACCCACUUCUCUUCUUCUUAUUUCCUUUUGUUUUUCUUCUUUUUUUAGUGUGUGUGUAUCUAUUUCCAUCACCAAAGAGAGAUGAGUCUUGGUUGGUGGAAUGGUGGUUCUCCGGGUUUGUUAGUUAAUGUGGCUUGGUUUGUAAAGAGAGAGAUAAAGGGUUUUUAUUGGGGGGGGGGGGGGGGUAACGAUUUGUUGUUACCAAGAAAAGGAAUGGGAUCUUUUUCGUGGGAAGAGAAACCUUAAGAUGAAAACCCAAGUAAGGAAAUUCCCGUGGGGGAGGGAAGAAUUGAUUGUUUGGGAUUUUGUUUGGUUCGUGUAAUGCAAAGUGCAAACAUGCAGUUUGGAGGUUUGUUUGGUAGUGAAGGGAUAAUAGAGUUUGAUGAUUAAAGAUGACGAUGGUCUUCUCGUCAUGCUCUGCUCUACUGGUCUACGUCCCCUUCUCCACUCCACAGUGCUCACUCAGACUCACCAACCAUUUUCACUCAAUGAUCAAACUUACACUCUCUCUCUCUCUCUCAUAUGAAGUCUGAUGUCUGAUGUAAGUAGAAGUCCUACUUAGAGGGCAAGGAAAUACACAGUGCAAGUCCCCAGGAAAAGUGUCUCUACUUUCAACUCCAAAACAUUGGAAAAAGGAAGGGAAUGUAAAUACUGUUUGGCUUCUAUUUAUUUUUUAUUUUUGGUUUGGUUUGGUUUGUGAGGUGUGACCUACCACGCUUUAUGUUUUAUUGAUCUUGUUAGAUGUUGGAUCAAUGGUUUUCUCUAUAGUUCCAAGAAAAAAAAAGGAAAACAAGGAACAUAUUUUCCUCUUUUCUCUU